AUGGCACCGAAACUACCAUACGAAGUUGUAUCAAUUAUUGCAAAUUAUGUUGAAAAAGAUAGCCGACUUACCGGUGCCUUGGUCUCAAGAUACAUUUGCGAUACAUCCAACCUGGACAACCCAUAUCUAAAGAAUGCAGACAGAGUGUGUGAGCUGAAGAUUCAGGACUUAUCGACCGCCGAUGGGAAAUAUUAUUCCAAGUUGUCACAAAUCUACCAUGGAAUAAGGCGCCUCGAAUGCUUUGAAUCACUUGAAAACAAAUGUGCUAUUGAAACUAUUGAUUGGAGUCCCUGGAAUUUAUUAUCGCACCUGAAAAUACAUUUCCAGUAUAGAAACUCUAUUGAGCUGGAAAAUCUUUUUACAGGCCUAUCGGUAUUACCUUGUCUUCUACACCUUACACUACACCAAGUUAGCUCAGAGUAUGGGGAUAUGGUAACUAACAUUGUCUCGUGGUCAGAUCUUGAAUUACUCCACCUUAAUUCACCACACCUGGAAGAUAUAAGCAUCGACUUUUUACAUGAGCCAAUAUUAUAUGACAACAUGGAUCAAAUAAGACGUAUUACCCCAGCAUCAACUGUCACAACGAUACGAUAUAGUAGUAGUAACGUUGACGCUUCCUGGAUAUUUUAUUUUGCACUCAAAUACCCAAAUUUACACACUCUUGAUCUUCAAGCUUCUGACAGCUAUCAUCAAGAAAACAUAGUUUACAAAUGUCAACUUCAGGAGGAUAUGCAAUUACUAUCAACACUUGACCAAUUCUUUCCUUGUUUAAAAACCGUGUGCAUACAAACGGGAGUAAACAGUAUAUGGUCAUUUUCUACAUUCUACGACGCCCUUCGAAUUUUCGGCGCAAAGGUAGAAAGAGCUGAUGUUGAUAUUCACAUGCGUGAUCCAGAUUUGACAGACAGUUUCGACAGCUGUCUUGACUUUAGCUCAGCAUCAUUGAAAGUUUUGAUGACAAGCUUGAUUUCCAUGCCGGGAAAAGUGCCACUUUCAAGCACCCUGACUUUCUAUCCGUGUCUAGUCGAGUUAAACAUCGAAAUAAUGGGUCUGAUCGAAAUUGUCAUUAUCCUAGAUAAAUAUCCAACGUUACGACUUUUAAGCCUCUCUUUAGCAAGGGUGUGCCUUUCCAAGCAGUCAAAUCACAACCACAACCCACACAUACUAAGAAGAUUCGAGGUUAAUCGCAUUGAAACGAACACAGAGGUCUUUAGAUAUAUAUCCUUCCGCUGUAAACAACUUUCAUUCCUGAAACUAGGAGACGUUGACCUUAGGGCAUCAGAAUUUACAGAAAAUGGGGAGAUCCUUAUUGGCAUGCCAUAUUCUCAGUUGGACAAGCUCAUAGUCUGUAGUAUCAGAGAAACCACUAAAUUGAUAAAGUUUUAUGCCGUUAUACAAGAGGACAAUACUGGUGUUAACCAAUCGGAUUCGGAUAACCAAGAACAGAAAACUCGAUCAAACUGGUACCAUAUAUACUUGGACGAUACGGGCGAGAUAAAAAGGUCUCUUGCAUGGGAGCUUGGAAAACAAGGCAUUGAAUAUUUUCAGAGAUCCUACAGAGACGCUUUGAGUAGUACUUAUGACGAUAAUUCUCAUACGGUUUUUGAUGACAUUGUUAACUAUUAUGAGCCAAAGGAAGCUUGGAAAGCAGAUAUUGCCUUUGGCGUCUUUGGCUUUGUUGCUAUGGGACCAGCAUUACCAUUUGAAAUUCUCUCGAAUAUUGCAGUCUAUGUCGACCCAAAAAAAAAUCUUGCGUGUGCCCUGGUUUGUAAGCAGUGGACAGAACCAUUUCUGAACAAACGUUGGUGUUCCAUUACUGUCACGCUGGAAGUAGCAAAAUACAUUUGCAAUACACGAAGUCAAAACAACGUCUAUUUAAAAAAUUUGCAUCGUACACUCGAACUGAAGCUUAUGAAUAUACCAAAAGCUGAUAUGAAAUACCUUUCAAAAGUACAGCAAAUAUACUGCAAGAUUAAUUGGUUUGAGUACGAUAGACCGUAUAGAAGCGACUGCAUUAUACAAGAAAUUGAUUGGAGUCCUUGGAAGUCAUUAGUCCAUCUAAGUAUUCCCCUUUGUAAUAGAAGUCUUACUGCAUCAGAAGAUUUCUUUACAAAGCUAUCUGUAUUGUCCUGUCUUACCCAUCUUACACUCAAAGAGGCGGUUACACAACAGAGUCUUGAAGAAACGAUCGUUGUUUCAUGGCAGGACAUUGAAUUACUUCACCUCAACCUACCACGACUCACAUAUAUAGACAUUCGUUUAAGGAUUAAAGCAAUACCAGCCAUAGACGCAAAUAAAAUAAGACGUAUUACUCCAGCACACGCUAUCACAAAUAUACGCUAUGGUAGUGAUUACAUUGACGCUUUCUGGGUAUUCUACUUUGCGCUCAAAUACCCCAAUUUACACAAUAUUACACUCGGAAGAAGUUUCGAAAGUGGUGGUCAUUACCAAAGUCACACAAUAGAUUACGAUAAGAAGAAGUACCAAGAAGGAGUCCGGUUACUAUUGACGCUUGACCGAUUCUUUCCUCGCCUAAGAAGCAUAUUCACAUCCAUGAACUCUUUUAACAGAUAUCAGUUUUCUGUGUUCUACAACGCUCUUUGGCAUUUCGACGUAAAAUUAAAAGAUGUCGAGCUUUCCUUUGAGGGAGAGAAGUUAGACUGGGCCGAGGGUUCCCAAAGCUGCUUGAACAUCAGGUCAGAUGCAUUGGCGAGCUUGAAGAUAACGCUUUCGAGCGCCUCGAGUUUGAAUCCGGUUGGAGACCUAUUGUUUGUCUACCCGGAUUUAGUUGAGCUACAGAUCGAGACCUAUAAUCUGAUUGAGGUCAACAUAAUACUAGACAAAUGCCCAUCAUUGCGAGACUUACGAAUGAAAGGCACAGAAGUUUCGUUCUCAGGCAAGCUGAAAAGAGUCGAUACCCCACAUGCUUUGCAAAGACUGGAACUCGAUUGCGUGAGCACGAGUACACACAUGCUUGAAUAUAUAUCCCGCCGCUGUAAAGGACUUUUGUUCCUGAAGCUAUAUUCUAUUCGGUUCCGUAAAUCUUAUUCGGAUGAGCUGGAUAAAUUGCAUCAUACAAAGUAUCCUUACCACCUGGUCCUCAACAUGUCUUUCUUAAACUUGGAUACACUCGUGAUUUACAGGCUCAGGCGCUUUGGGAAUAUAAAAUUUUGUGCAAUCCAAGAACAACAUCAAGGAGAUGAAGAAGAAGAUAUAAAGAAAAUGGAAGAUGGAAAUUGUAAGUCAUUGGUUCCGGAUGAACCGUCACAGCUGGCUGGAUUAAAGUGGUAUCACUUGUGCUGGAAAAACACAGAAGGAGUAAAAAGAGCUUCAAUGUGGGAGCUUGAAAAGCAGGACAUUGACUAUGUUAAAGGGUUUUAUAAGCACUAUGUGAGCCUUAACUACGUCUCCAAAGAUUCUGAUUAUAGGGAUAACAUUUACAAUGGCUAUUCACCAAAGCGAUUUUGGCAAAAGGACCUUCAGAAUGGUUUCUUGACCAUCCGCCUUAAAUCUGUUAAAGCUAUAAUUCAUAAUAAGGUUUUUUCCUAUUACAGGAAUAGAUAGUUAUAAUAAAGUUUAUAUUAUUUGAUGGCUUU